AACAGUCUACCCCAGUCCACAAUUAUUCUUCACGAUGAUCUGCCUUUUAUAAUGUAGAUGGUUAAAAUAAAAAUCGCAAGUAUGACCACCGAGAGCUUAAGAGGAACUGUAAAUGAAGAUGAAUCCAAGCGGCACAGGGGCUCCCACAACAUCCAUUAUCCUCAAACUGGAUCAUCCGAAGGCAUCGAUUCUACAGCCCACAGCCUUUGUCCACACUCCCAGGGGUCAGAGAUUCCUUCUUUCGCGCCAGGCCAAAGUUGCUACGCGGGAUCCGAUGCUGUCGCCAGACCUUCAGCCAAAAUCAGCCUUCAAAUUAACCUGGACCGCCCAACCUCCGUGCCUUUCCGUUACGCCGUCCCAAGGGCAAACAUUCCACCCUAACUCGCCAGAGGGUGAAGUGCCCCCAAAUCUAACUGAAACACUUGCCCUUCUCAAACCUAACGAGCUGGGCCUUCAGCAUUUAUCUACCACCAAUGACUAUGAUGACACGGCAAAGAAAAAAAUACCUAUGAAAUCCUUGGAGAUCUUCACUCUCAAGAUCACUGGGAAGCGCAUACACACCACCACAUGGAAGCUGACGGGAGACGGAGAGUCGGUGUUUAGCAAGAAAAGAGGGUGCCCUAACGGCAGAAGCUACGCUAGAUCCUGGCGCGGCCGCCGGCCCCGCCUUUCCCUGUUCUUCCGGCUUGGUCGCAAACCCCUCCCCAGCCCCGACGCCCCAAGGGAAACUGCUUCGCACUUGGCAAUAAACACACACCACUGCUGCCGAGUCGGACACACAAGACCGGGGCCUGAGGGCGCUCCUCGUCGCAGCAGCCUCCCCAGAACACGCAGAACCCUCAGUGAGCCUAGAAGAAAAUGGCGCCCACUCGCCCCUCCAGGCCGGACAAACGGACGUACAGUUUGUCUGCCCAUGCGCUCUCCAGGCGUAACCCACCGCCCCGGCGCCGCGGCCUCGCUUGCGCACGCGCCCUGCCGCUACCUCGCUUCCCUUGUUAGGAAGGGAGGCGGGGCCCCGCGUUUGGUGAGCUCCCGCGCAUGCGCAGCUCCUAACCGACGCGGGAACCUCGCCCUGGAAAAGGCGAAAUCCGGAGGCAAAGCUAGGGCUCAACCGGUUGUUGUAACGAGAAUCUUCACUAGACAUUUGCCGAAGUACACCGGCAAACGUUCGAGAUUUCCAGGAGUUAAGGAAACAGAUGCAGAUGUGGAGAAAAGUUGGCGAUUUGUCUUAAGUGUUUCAGUUAGUGUGCGACGUAAAGCAUCUUCUGAAAGGCUCUUGUAA